UCAUCCAAGGCCGAGGACAGGCUGUUUCGGAAGCUGUUCAGAAGGUAUAACCAGUUCAUCAGACCAGUUGAGAACGUCUCUGACCCUGUCACGGUGGAGUUUGAGGUCUCCAUCUCACAGCUGGUCAAAGUGGAUGAGGUGAAUCAGAUCAUGGAGACAAAUCUAUGGCUCAGACAUAUAUGGAAUGACUACAAGCUGCGGUGGACACCAGUAGAGUUUGAUGGGAUUGAGUUCAUCAGAGUUCCAUCAAACAAGAUCUGGAGACCUGACAUAGUGCUCUACAACAAUGCGGUAGGUGAUUUCCUGGUAGAGGAUAAGACAAAGGCACUGUUGAAGUUUGACGGCACCAUCACCUGGGUUCCUCCAGCCAUCUUCAAAUCUUCUUGCCCCAUGGACAUCACUUAUUUCCCUUUUGACUACCAGAACUGCUCCAUGAAGUUUGGCUCCUGGACCUAUGACAAGGCCAAAAUUGACCUGGUACUAAUUGGGUCAAAGGUGAACCUAAAAGACUUCUGGGAGAGUGGCGAGUGGGAGAUCAUCGAUGCCCCAGGCUACAAGCACGACAUCAAGUACAACUGCUGCGAGGAGAUCUACCCGGACAUCACUUACUCCUUCUACAUCCGUCGUCUGCCCCUCUUCUACACCAUCAACCUCAUCAUCCCCUGCCUCCUCAUCUCCUUCCUCACAGUGCUGGUUUUCUACCUCCCGUCUGACUGUGGAGAGAAGGUCACGCUCUGUAUCUCCGUCCUGCUCUCCCUCACUGUGUUCCUACUGGUCAUCACCGAGACCAUCCCCUCCACCUCACUGGUCAUCCCACUCAUCGGCGAGUACUUGCUCUUCACCAUGAUCUUCGUCACACUCAGCAUAGUCAUCACGGUCUUUGUGUUGAACGUCCACUACCGCACACCCAUGACCCACACCAUGCCGGGCUGGGUGCGCUCUGUAUUCCUCAAGGUGCUGCCGCGGAUCAUGCUGAUGAGAAGGCCGACGGACCAGGAGGUCAAGGCCGGAGGGUCAGACAGCAGUGGGGAGGCAGGCGGAGCUGGAGGGGGAGGAGGAGACGGGGGCGGGAAAGGAGGGAAGAAGAGGAAGAACAGCUUGACACAGGUGAGGAGUGGUGAUAGUGGUGGUAGUAGUAAUGUAUAUGUUGGAGGUGGCUCACUCAACUGCCUGGAGUUUGGGGACAGUAAGCUGUCGUCUCUGGAAGGCUGUGCAGGGAAGAAAUGCCCUUGCCCCUGCCAGCAUGGGAAGGACACCCCAGAGACAGCGGACCCGGGAAAGCUGACUCGCCAAAUGAGUCCUCAGAGCAUUAACACGGUGGUGGCCUUCUCUGUGGUUUCGCCAGAGAUCAAACAGGCUAUUGAGAGUGUCAAGUACAUCGCUGAGAACAUGAGGAGCCGUAACAAGGCCAAAGAGGUGGAGGACGACUGGAAAUACGUUGCUAUGGUGAUUGAUAGAAUCUUCCUCUGGGUGUUUGUUACCGUGUGCGUCCUCGGGACCAUCGGCCUCUUCCUCCAGCCUCUCAUUGGCUUCGUCUCAUAA